AAAGAAAAGAGGACCAAGUAGAGCACCACAGAAACUAUUACCAAGUACAAUAUCUCAAUAAUAAUAUUAUAAGUAAUGUUGAUAUAGGUGGUUCAAAUAUAGAAUUGGUACAAGUUGUUGUUUUAGACGUUAAG